CAAUUGUUUUAACACGGACCAGUUUUAAUUUAGUGUGCGAAAUUCAAUAAUGAAAUUAAUACAUUUUUGCUAUAUUUUCAUUCAACUAGCCUUUGCAAAACCUAAUCACAAAAUACUAUCAAUUCAAAAAGAAUCAUGUGACAGCUUAGUGUAUUGCCAAGGAACCUUAUUGGACACAGUGCAACGUGCUCGUAUAUUUUCCGACUCCAAAACUUUUGUUGAUUUAAGCCAAACUAACGCACCAGAAAUAACUCUGCAAAACUUCCAAGAGCUGAUGACAUCAACCAAUAACAACCCCACAAAAGAACAAAUAAUAAAAUUCGUAAACGCCAACUUUGUCGAAAGCACCGAACUAGAAGAAUGGACCCCCGAAGACUUUAACGCAAACCCCGAUUUCCUAAACAAAAUCAAAGACAAGCAAAUCAAACAAUUCGCGGGCGAUCUCGUUAAAAUUUGGCCUUCCUUAGGCAGGAAAAUCGGCCAAACGGUAUUUGAUAAUCCAGAGAAACAUUCUCUUAUAGGAGUACCAAACGGAAUUAUCAUUCCAGGAGGGAGAUUCAAGGAGUUUUACUAUUGGGAUUCUUAUUGGAUAAUCGAGGGGUUGAUUUUGAGCGAAAUGGUCGACACUGCUAGGGGGAUGAUUGAGAAUUUGCUGUUUAUGGUGGAAUUGUAUGGGUUUGUGCCUAAUGGAGGAAGAGUUUAUUAUUUGAAUAGAUCUCAACCACCUCUUCUCACCUUGAUGGCCGGCCUCUACUUUGACCAUACAAACGAUAUUGCAUGGCUCCAAAAGAACCUUCCUCUUCUAGAUAACGAGCUCACUUAUUGGCUAGACCAGAAAACCGUAGAUGUCGUUAAGAAUUGCCAAACAUACCGUAUGGCUCAUUAUUUGUCUCAAAGCGACACUCCUAGACCGGAAUCGUACUAUGAAGAUAUAACUACUUGUAAAUUUUUCAUUAACGAUGAAGGAAGAAAACAUUGUUAUCAAGGAUUAAAAAGCGGAGCGGAAAGUGGAUGGGAUUUUUCCAGCAGAUGGUUCUUUGACCAGGAAGGCGGCAUUAAAACCAAUCUCACUCACAUUGACGCUCAAAGAGUUAUACCUGUUGAUUUAAAUGCAAUUUUGUGUGCAGCCUUCAAAAGAAUAUCUAGCUUUUAUGAGUUAACUGGCGAUUUACAAAACGCUGCCAAAUGGGCACUAGUUUCGAAACAAUGGUUGCAGGCAAUUGAAGAAGUGCUUUAUGAUGAUACAGAUGGGAUCUGGUACGACUAUGAUCCAGUCUUAUCAAAAUCAAGAAAAAUGUUUUAUCCAAGCAAUUUUGCACCCCUAUGGACGGAAACGUACAAUUUUGCUUUGAAAAAUGAGUACGGCCGAAGAGCGGCCGAAUACUACACCGAUUUAAACAUUGGAGAAUUCAAAGGUGGUAUUCCUACUUCCUUGGAUGGUAACAACGAACAAUGGGAUUUGCCUAACGCUUGGCCACCUCUCCAGGAAUUUGUUAUUUUAGGUUUAUGGAAUACAGGAAAUAGAAGAGCAAAGUCGAUAGCCAGACAAUCGGCGGAACGAUGGAUCCAGGCGAAUUUGAUCGGUUACAGGGAAGAAACUGCAAUGUUUGAAAAGUACGAUGCCACCAAAGUGGGUCAAUAUGGAGGUGGCGGAGAAUACCAAGUACAAAAAGGUUUUGGAUGGUCCAACGGAGUUGCCCUUAAUUUGAUUGAUAAGUUUUUCACUAGUAGACGUCCAAGAAUUAGUAAUAGUAUAGUUAAAUUAUUGGAUGAAGUUGAAGAAUAAAAUUAUUAGUUGUUAUAACUUAGAAAAUAAAG